AUGAACAGCUCCGUGCUAUGCCAGCAACGGAUAAAGCGGUUCAGUCUCAUCCCGCUCGCCAUGUUCGUCGUCUGCUCCGUGCUUCUACUGGCGACGUACUUUGACCCAGAGGCGACGGCGCGGCGCGCGGCCAAACUCGCCGACGCCGCCAAGCAGCCAACAGAGGUCUCACUGCUAGGCAACCUCAUCGAAGCCCUCUACCGGCCGCAGAUUACGCCCAUCACCGCCGACAACUUUACCGACGAGACGGGCGAGGUAUUCCGCACCGAGGGCGAGCCCUUUUACACAAAGCCGCUCGGGAAGCGCGUCCUCAUCAUGGACGCCGACACCCGGCCCAUGACCAAGGACGGCGAGCUCCUCAGCGCCGCUGGCGUCAAGUGGCCGCACCCAGACGCCAUAUCCUCUGGCAUGCUGAGCCACUACCUGUACUCGCGCAUCCACGGCUACGACUACCGGCUCAUCCAAGUGACACGCGUCGCCGACUGGUCGCACACGUGGUCCAAGAUCCCCGCCAUCAAGCACGCGCUGCUGCAGUACGACAUUGUCGUCUUCCUGGACCAAGACGCCGUGUUCCGGUACCCGGCGCUGCCGCUCGAGUGGCUGCUCAACCACUGGCAGCACACCAACGCGACGGGCCUCAUGCUCGCCGCCGACCCGGACAAGCCCUUCAACACGGACCCGCGCGGCCAGCGCUACCUCAACACGGGCUUCAUCAUUGCCCAGAACAGCUCCCGCACCCACGACCUCAUCGACGCCUGGCUGCGCUGCCCCGCCGGCGACGAGUUCCCCGACUGCCGCCGCUUCGCCUACGACUGGCCCCACGAGCAGGCCGCCCUCGUCAGCUUCGUCCGCCACUUCCGCUUCGCCCGCCCGGACGAUGUCCGCGCCGUGCCCUGCGCCGAGGCGAAUGGCUCCCCGUGGACUGCCGCCGAGCAUGGCUGUCGUGGUGCCUUGGUCCGCCACCUCUGGAAGGAGGGCAAGGGCCGCCAGCCGGAGGAGCUCGCCGAUCAGGUCCUGCAGUACAUCAUGCCCGCCCUCUGGCGCGACUUUCGCACCAGUCACUACGUGGCCAUGGCGAAAGCUUCGGCGCCCAAGCCGGAAACAACAACAUUGGCCGAGGGGGGAGCUACAGAGUAG